GAAGCGGACAAGUCUGCACCGCUCAGCCAUGGCAAAGAAGCGGAACAAGAAGAACAAGGCCAAGAAUGGCGGCGGCGCCACCACGAUGGACACCUCUGAGGGAGGCCCCUCGGCCUCCAUCGCCGCGGAAGCUCCGCAACCGAUGGAUACAUCCGAGGGGAAGCAGGCGUCUUCGUCAUCGGCGGCACUCAGUUCGAUCAGGAAAAUAAAAAAAGGAGUGCUGAUAAAAAGGUCCAUAAAUGCAAGGAAAAUGAAAGCAGUGGCCAGAGCCAUAUCGAAAAAUGAAAAGUCCGAGGAGAAGAUCCAGAAAGCGAAAUGCAAGAAGACAAGGAUUCAAUCUGCCAAAUCUUUGUAUGACUGAAGAUUCAGCUGUAAGCAGAAUUUUCAAUUUUGUGUACCCAUAUGUUUCUGUCUUGUAGAGGAACCAAAUCAAUGCGUUUGAAAAAAAAGGGGGGCUUGCUUAGCCUGCAUAGAUAGUUGUGAGCUUGUUUCCAUGACUCCUGGAAUCAUCUGGCACAUACUGCCUGGUAAUAGUAGCAUAUUAGGUUUGAUAGGUUUUUCUGU